AUGUUCAAGCGCUCGUUCCGGACCCAGGAUCGGGUGGAAAAGGCGUCGAAGUUGAAGAAGUCGAACUCGAUUCGAAAUGAUCCCCAGAAGCUGUCGAAAUUGCAGCGGUCGCUCGAAGAGAGCAUGCCUGUGAAGAAAACUCUCAGCUCACCUAUCGUCACUCUAACGGUGGGCCGAGAAGGGCGACUGUUUGCGGCGCAUGAGGAAGUUUUGUGCCAGUCGCCGUACUUUGAACGCGUCUGCCAGAAUCAACACCUCAAUGCGCAGAGUAAGAGGAUAACAAUUCCCGACGAAGAGCCUGAGGUCUUCUCGGCUGUGCUUGAAUACCUUUACAAGGGCGACUACUACCCACGCUUGCUUCACAACAAGCACCGAAACUCUUGGGAACUUGAGGACGCUAGUCCAGCCACGGGAAGAUCACCAGUGCCAUCAGAAAACGGAGGCGGCCGCGGUGCCGUCGAAGCAACAAUUUACAUGUCCGGCGAAGGGCAACACCUUCUCAGGGAUACCGUCAUAUAUUGCUCAGCAGAGAGGUACGGCUUGGAGGAGCUCAAGCGGCUGGCUCUGCGCAAGCAAGGUCUCCAGAGCGGAAUCGAUGUCGCCACCAUUCUGCGCUCAGCGCAAUAUUCCUAUGACAACACGCCGGACUCGGAUUCGCGGCUCCGCGCUCAUUAUCUCGCCCUGAUCAUCCGAUGUCGCAAGACAUUUAAGAGGAGCGGAACCAUGCAAGCGGAGAUGGAAAGGGGUGGUAAACUUUUCUUCGACCUGUUCGUGGCCAUGUGCAACCAUCUGGACGACGUCGUGGAGAUGAGCAAUGCUCGGACACCAAAGUCGAUUUAA